AUGUCCCCGUCAACUCAAAAUGUCACGAUCACGGUAGCACAAGGUACGAGCAACCACGGCAACCCGAAGCUACUUUGUAGUUUGUCUAAGUGGACGGACAUUGCAACGUUCUUCCUCGCCAAUUCCGUCGCCCAUGCUGCCACUGUCAAAUCGGUGCCUGGCGAACCGGCGCUGUCAUCUUGUUUGGCCCUAGUAUUUGUUCUUCUUUUCCCCGCGUCGGAUAUUCGGAGAGGUCUCAGUGCCAUUUAUCAAAGCGCAGUGCUCGCCAAUACGCCCCUGAAGACUGCAGCGACGGCAAAGGCUUUGUGUAUGGUUGUUAGGACUAUCGACUGGAGACCUCAAACUGGAGAUGUUGUCGAAGUCCUUGACUACAUGGGUCCACGCGAAGUUGAAAAGUUCAUCAAGCACAAGUCAGAUUUUGUGUUUAAAACUACGAAAGGAAAGAAAUUCGUUGAUGGAGAUGAUUGGGACUGGACUCGAAUCGAUCAUGUACCGGCACAGAUUUUGAGUCGCAGUGAGAAGCUCCAUUUUAUGCUCUUCAAGUUUUAUUCUUACCAAAAACCUCGACGGAAAGAAAAAGAGCAGGAGUCCUCCAACGUUCCCGCAUUGGUUGCAAGAGGAGUGGGGGUUGGACCUGAUUCCGUUACCAAAGGAGACUUUCGAAAACUGAGCGGGCUUCCAAGGUCUACCUUUGGAGCUAAGGACCGAAAAGUUCACGGCGUCUGGCAGCUACCUGAAGAAUAUGCCCUUUGCGUCGUUCCAUCUGGAGCCGAGGGUGAUGAACCCCCGUGCGGUGGAAAACAAUAG